CGUGAUAAUGAAAGUAGGCAAUGCCGAUGAGCAACGAAUGCCUGUCCAAGAUGCCCCCACUAUUGGCAAAAGCCUUCGUAUAGGUUAUAAAGGACUGCGGUGGGUACUAUCCCACUGCACUCUCUCAGUGAAACUCUCAGAGGACCGUAUACCUCACCGUCGAACCCUUCACAAAACGGAGACACCAUGAGGAUUUUUCUAUUGGUUCUCGCAGCAUGUCUGCUAGCUUUGUCGGAAUCCGCUCGACCUGCUAUACGACCACGAGUGAGAGAACCUCAAGUUUAUUACGAAGAAGACAAUCAAGCAGCCGAAGACGAUUUCGAAUCGGUUUAUCAUCCUAGAACGCGUGCCUUGCCAUCGGCACGCUCUAAGGAGGCUUUACAACCAUCGAAAGCGCCACCCGUACAAACCAUUCGUAAUUACAACAAGGUCAAUGACGAUGGAUCGUUCACGUUUGGUUACGAGGCAGCCGAUGGUUCUUUUAAGGAAGAAACCAGAGGAACGGAUUGCGUUGUAAGAGGAAAGUACGGUUACGUAGAUCCUGAUGGUAACAAAAGAGAGUUCACAUAUGUAUCCGGUAAUCCUUGCGAUCCUAAUGCACCGAAGGACGAAGAGGAAGAUCUUCCGGAAAAACAGGAAGACGAUGAUCUAUCCGGACCAGCAAAUUAUCCAUCCGUUAGACCUGUCCCGAUCAGACCGAUCAGGCCAACUUAUCAGCCAACUACCGCACGUACUCCAACGGCCAUAUUUCAAACACAAUAUCAACUUGACGACGAAGCUAGCCAGGAAUUAGAGGAAGAAGUUCAAAAACCUAUACAACUUCGGCCUACAGCUUUUAGAAAGCCUCAACAAUCUUACGUUCAAGUUUCACCGUCUACUGCUCUUUACGAUUCAACACCAACCAGUAAUCCCUCGCAGCUCUACAGAUUAGCAUCAACCUCUAAUGUUCAAUAUCAAACGACAGCCGUUCCUUCGGAAAGACCUCCGUCUACGAUAUCUCCAUUAGCUUAUCAAUCACUCGAGACUAGCACUCGCAAGGCAGUGACUCGUCAUCAGGUCCGUCCUCAAUCGGUCGCCAUUACACCCAGGCCCCAUAUUGCACAAGUCGCCGCACAAUAUGUCUCCCCGAGUAGCACAGAAAGAUCUAUACCGUACAGCACACAAUCACGGCCCACCCCGAGCACCUCUACUCAUCUUCGCACCAGCGUCAGCCCCUCGAGCUCAGCCCAUCUCAAUUUUGCCGCGGAGUUAGAGCGUUACGUUAACACGGUCGGUGUUCCCUCAAAGUCUACCCAACAAGCCGCACUUUCACCCUCGAGAACGAAGCUAGGUCAGACCACGGUCACCACAGUCCCCGCGGAGCCCAUCUAUCAGUCGGAACUGAUUUACGAUCCCGCAACUGCCCAGCCCCAGUCCCUACUUGGUCUCCAGCAGCUACAACAGAUUCAGCAACAUCAGCAACAAUCGCAGCAACAACCUCAACGUCAAUCCGCUGUUUACAAGCAACACGUAACGCAACCCGUCCAAUCGGCUUCGAUCUCGGCUGUGUCCGUUGCUCAACCCCAGGAACUUCUCUACAGGAAACAACAGACCCAGUUGCUCAUGCAGUCCCAGAAUCUUUAUGCCCAGCAGCAACAACGUCGUCAGCAACAACAACAACAACAACAACAACAGCCACAACAACAACAACCUCACAAACUUCAAUUGCUCGAAUCUCAGAGAGACCCACAGGCCUUUUAUUAUGUCGCACCAUUGAGAUCGUCCGGUGCAGCGGCUGGUGCGGCGGCUGGUACGCCUCUUACCGCGAGUCAAAUCGAUCAGUAUCUUCGUUCCAGUUCAGCUAACAACUAUUGAUCGGUACGAGAUAGCCACGGAGCGUUUCGUUUUUAUAUAUAUACAUAUAUAUAUACGCGAAUUUAUCUUCAGGGUCCUCGAGAGUUGCAUCGAACGCACCGUGUUUAAAAUCUUGCUUGCGAAUCUUCUAGAAAGUUGUUCGUUUCGCUACACGCUUGUCAGAUCGAUGUACAGGGAGACGGCUAUACGCGAUUAGUAUAUACAUAAGUAUA